AUGGAGAAAGGAGUCAUCACUUCCGCAACAACGCAAGCAUAUUCAUUAGAAAAAAGAGAUGAUGAUAUUGUUCUUCCUGCGGAGUUGAUGCACCGUAUACAAUCGUUAUUAUCGGAAAAAGAAGCCGCCCGCACGUGUGUCUUGUCCAAGUCAUGGUUACAUGCUUGGUCUACCAUCCCAAACCUCAGGUUUCCUACUAAUCAAGUAUCCACCAUAUACAAAAAAUAUAUUGACAAUACCAUCCAAAGGUAUCACGACCACAAUAUACCCAUCGAAUCUUUAGAAUUUCUCUUAGAAGUCGAAAACAAGGAAGCAGAUGAAAUUUGGAUGCGGGAUCGUUUACUCGCUCCCGAAACAACAAGUUGUCUCAAGGAUCUUUGCCUUUAUAUAUCUGAUGCUCGAACCGUUCCUCGGCAGUCGUUUAAAUUACCGGAUAAUGUAUUCUCUGGCGACAAGUUACACACUAUCAAGUUGUGCUCAUCCUGUUGCAUCUUAGAUGAUAUCUAUAUCGGAAUCAAUCAUGUGAUCAAAUGUGUAUCCUUGCGUGUUCUCAGGUUAUCACAUGUGAAUAUUAGUGAUGAUGUGUUUCAUAACUUAUUGUCUACUUGUAGGUUGCUUGAGAAGGUUAUCCUUUUUCUCUGCUUAGGGUUAAAGACAAUCAAGGUUAAAAAUCUUGGUUUUCUUUGCCAUCUUCAAAUCAUUAGUCGCGCACAAGAUGAUGAUGGUUUUUUGGAAAUCGAUAACGUCCCAAGUCUUGGAUUUUUUUCUUACAAGUCGUUUGCGUUUUCGAUUGCGGAAACGGGAAACCUUUUACCUUUCAAAACAACGGGCAGCACCACCGCUUGUUCGUUAGGAAGAAGCGUAACUCGGCUAUACUUGAACGGUGUGAUCAUCGACGAUACAUUUAUUGACAUGAUCAAAUCCAAGUUUGUUUUUCUUGAAACGUUGACACUUAAAAUCAGGUGUUGGGCCUCGGAAAGGUUGGUUAUCACUAGUCUUUCUCUCAAGAGGCUCAAGCUAAAGUUGAGAUGGUCAUCAGUCAAGGACCUACAAGUUGAUGCUCCAAAUUUACUUUCUUUCUCUUAUAAUGGAGUGACAAUACCAACUCUCUUGUUUCCAUCCAGCAUUGCUCCUCCCAAGCAAAUUAAACUUAAACUCUACCGAUUAUGGAAACCACUUGAUACUUCAUUCUUGCUUAAGUUGAAGGAGGUACUUAAUAAUUUUUCAGCAAGCACGUUUGACAUUCAUAUAGCCUCGUCUUCCAAAUCAUUGAAUGCUGGUGAUGUUGAUGAAAUUAUAAGAAAAGGGCCGGUUGCUAAUAACGUCCAACGACUAUCCCUGCAUGAAAUACAUUUGGGUGAUCAUUCUUUUGAUGCUUUCUUUUCUAUUUGCAGCCCCAGUCAUCUUGGGUUAUGGAACUAUAACUCAGAGCAGUGCUUCUCUACCCUAACAGUCGUAAGGGGGGUGAUGAAAAAUAACACAACUCAUUAUGAUCAUCUAAAACAAGUCGUGGUUCAAAACCCUCUUAGUGGAGAAUGGGAGGCUCUAACAAGCUCUUGGGAAACUGAUUUUCAUGACUCAUUAACCGACGGUCUUGAGUUUAAACUUAACUGGUCGUCGGCGUUUUCCCUUGAUUGUUAG